AUGCAGCGGUACAGGUGGCCAGGUUAUGACAUGCAGCUUCUUGGAGAGCUGCAGAAACAACAGAACAAUGCCCAAUUCUGUGAUGUCCUGUUGAAAACCGAGGGCAUCUCAGUCCCGACCCACAGUUGCAUCCUCGCGGCGCUCAGUCCGUACCUCUCUCAGAAGCUGUCCGCCUCCCCGUCGCCUCCGUCGGGCGAGAAGCGCGAGCUCUGGCUGCAGGCCGUGACGGCCCGGACCCUGCUGAAGCUGGUCGGUCUUCUGUACACCGGGGAGGUGGAGGUGAAAGGGAGCGCCGAGCAGAAUGACCUGCUGGCUGCCGCCUGCCAGUUUGGCAUCGCGCACCUGGUGGAAGGACAGACGAACGGCCGGGCGGGGGAGGGGAACCACCGGAACGGUCGCGUUGGGAGUUGCCGAGAGGACGAAAGCGGAGCGGCGUGGGACGCGAGAGUUCAGGCCGAGGGCGCCGGAUGGAGAAACGCCGCUUCUCCGAUUGAAAAGAGACGGCGAGCAUCCGCGGGGAGGCGGAGCUCUUCUUCACACUCUGUCCAAGCUGAACCUCCAUCCUCAGAGCCGGAACCCUCCGUCGCUAAACAUGUGGAUUGUCCGACCUCGCUGCGAUCCCAAAGCAUCGCAGUUGACGGACGUUUUAGCUCCCCGCCUUCCUCCCGUACGUCCGAUGGAGAGUUCGCGUUCGGCCGAUCUGCCGGAAGAGUAACGAAUCCCACUCCGACGCCGUCACCGUCCAGCGACGCGACGGCGUUCUCUUUUUAUCCCGGCGACGACUCGAGCUCCGCGACGCCCCGGGACGACGGAGCCCGCCGGCGGCCGUCUGACGUCGGGGGCGCCGCGCAGGCGUCGGCCGGAGAAGCGACGCGACCGAAGGUCAGAAGAACAAACGGCAAACCGGCCGUCGUCCGGGAGAAUGCGGAGCGGCCGAGCGACGGGGGGGAGGCGCGACGAGACGGGAGAGGAAAGUCGACGGAGAUACGGCACGCGCGUCCAACCGUCGGGAUCAAGAGCCUGGCCAAGUUGAGACGGAUGCAGCAGAUGAUGGAGAAGCAGACCACACAGAUUUCUAUCAAGGUGAAGCUGAAGAGGCGGAAUGAAGAAGUGUGGGAGGUGGACGGCUCCAGCCACCAACGGCUGCAGACGGACCUCACAAAGAGCGAGCCUGCUCCCUCCUCCUGUGUGCAGCCGGGCCCGACUCGGAACCCCGAGCCCACCCCGACUGUUCAACCCGCCGCCGUCGCCUCCCCCGAGCGCCUUCGCCCCGGGACCCACCCCCAGCUCGACCACGGCCUCGAGUCGCCGCCGCCCCCCCAGCCUCCGGGCCCGGCGGACGAGUGCGACGAGCAGAUCGAGAAGCUGUUGGAGGACAUCAUGAUGGGUCUGAACAUCCUGCCGAACCUGGACGGAGACUGCAAGAAGUCCCACUAUCUUCAGCCGAACCACGAAGGAGCAGAGGCCGUCUGCCGGGAGCCGGUUGCAGAGAACGAGCAACCGCAGAGUCGGAUGCACGGCGCCGCCGGUCCAGCGGGAUGUGCGUAUUACCCGGAUUUUGGGACGCAAAUUGGUCACGCGUCGACAGAUCCAGGUAUCUAUUGUUGUUUUACAGCUCAGAACCAGCCCGGCUGCUCAAGUCUUCCGUCUGCGCAGCCGGCCGCGGCGCCGCUCCACCAACGGCCGUGUUUCCCCCCCCGGUUUCAUCCCGCCGUCGUAUCCGCGGGGCAAGCGGAUGGAACGAGCCACCAGGGGGCGCCGCUGUCCAAAACGCGACAUUAUCCGUAUCCGGAGACGCUCGCCGGGCAGAAGCUCCUCCCCCACGCUCUCCUCGAGCUGUUGCCCCUGAAUCAUGGGAAUGAAGCCCAGUCCUUUCAUUCCUUAGCUUGCAUGGAAGACUUGCGGCUCCCUCGAUGUCUCUCUCCGUUACGGCCGUCCACCGCGGCGGCAAAACAUCCGCCUGCCUUCGACCUACCUUCUCCUUCGACUUCUACCUUCAACAGCGCUACGAAUCAAAGCGAUGACGUCCAGCCGCAGUCGCCCGCGCACGGCUUCAGACCCUGGCUCGCGGCGAACUCCAGGCCGCUGCAAUUUCCUUUCAGCGCCAUCACUCACGGAGCGGGUAAAAGCGAGUCUCCGCCCCAGGUUUCAAACCGCGUCCCCCCUGGGCCAAAGCAGCUGCAAAAGCACAUGGAGUCGAAUCAACAAAGAACCCCGACGGCGUCUUUUUCCGUUAAAGAGGCAGAAGAGGGAGGAGCCACGUCCGCCGGUCGUCAAACCGCGGCGGAGCAGAAAUCCGAUCUCGUGAAGAUGAAGAAGAAAAUCAAAUGCAAAGAAGUCGACGCCAAAGGCGAUUGCGCUGUGCCGAAGAAGAGGAAGAGGAAGCGUGCGGCUUGUGCGCGAGAAGCCACGCCCCCUUCGGCACGCCAGCAGCACGCGAAAGCCGGCAACGCAACGAAAGGGCAAAUCAACCUGAGCGUUUGUUUAGUCAGCUUGUCGAGCAACAAUGUUCUGGCGAAGGAAAGAGAAAUGGCCGCCGGUUCGAACAAGUCGAACGCGGUCGCGGGGAAAGCGAACGAACCGGGAGAGAAGCCCAGAGACGCCGGGGACCUCGACGGCAACCAGACGCGCAUCAGGACCCGGGGCUUUCUGAGAAAGACUCUGGCGCCCCCGAGUCGCCCGAGCGUCGUGAGCUUGCCUUCUAAGCCCGAGGUCUGCCGAGAGCCGGUUGUGAGUCAACGAGACGCGCCCAAGCGGGGCCGCGGAAGGCCGCGGAAAACGAAGGUCGAAGGGAUUCCUCCGGAGAGCCUCGACGUAAAAAAAGAGGUGCAGGCCGACGGCAGUUUGGUGAAAGAGGAGAGCGGGAAAACAAAGGGACGUAAAAAACGCAUCAGGGAUAGAAGUCGAGCGGAGGCGGUUCCCCCGACGGCCUCGAGCGCCGAGGCGACCCUCGACGGCGACGUGACGUCGUCCGAAGGGAAACCCGCGGCGUCCAAACGGCCGCGGAUGGUCAGCCUGACGGAGUUUCAGAAGCUCAUCAAGCGGCAACACUCGAAGACGAAGAAGUCGAGAGAAAGCCGGGACGAGAAGACGGGCGAAACUGCGAAAGUCGCGGGCGGCGAGGACGGGAAGACGUUUGGCGAAUCGCCUCGGAACAGGAAUGUGGCCAGAGAGCGUCACGCCGGCUCCAACGCCACGGCUGAUGGACGCGGCGGUAAAAAUUUGAAGAAAUCUGCGGGCGGGUCGCGGAGAGACGAGACGAGCGGCUCCACCGGCGACGAGACCCGGCGGCCGGGCGACGGGUCCCUCCCGGUGGUUUCCCUCGACGUCGAAGGUCUCUCUGUCGAAGAGGCCGAGUUACCGGCUGAGACGGAGAAGCCGCGGAGGAAUCCGGACGAAGCCUGUGAGGAAGGAGAGUCUGAUGAACCGCUGCAGACUGAAGGAUCGUCUCUCAGUGACCUGCCUGGAGAAGACAACAUGGUGCACAACGUGAACCCCCAGACCCCCGAGAGAACGACUCCACCUCGGUUCUGCAGGAGCUCCAGGUGUGAUCAAGAGGAGGAUGAGGAAGAGGAGGAAGUGGAGGUAGACGUUCUUCUUCUCUCCCCAGACAAAGUGAGUCUCACCACAGCGGGUGAGAAUGGACCCGUGAUAUCUCCCGAGGAAGAAGAAGAGGAAGAUGACGUGCUCGAGAUCGAUGUAACCGGAGAUUAGGCAGAGUGACCUUUUUGUAUUUGUGCAUAGUUUUUUUGUACUAUGUCGUGUGAGCGUUAUGUUCUCGCUGUUGGGGGGUUUUAUGUAUGUUCGCAAAGAUGCUAGACAAAGUCUAUUUAGCUGUGAAGCUACGAACAAUAGAUUUUUUUAUGUCGUUCCUUUUUCUGUUUUCAUCACCAGUCAGUGUUUGGCAAUUAAUAAGCUUUUGUGCACGCCAGAAUGACAGGCUGCAUGCUGGUUUUACCUUCGUUUAGUUCCAUAUGCAAGGUUUAAAAUGGUUGUUUAAUUUUCAUUAUUAAUAAUAUGCUUAAGUAUUGGUUACACACAAAAAAAAGUUCUUACUGUUACCGUUUUUCAAUAAUUUUAUGAGUUUUUGUAUUUUCAGCAUAUUUUGAAUUGUCAGACUAAUUAAGGUAAAAGCACUUUAGGGGCAUUUGUGUCUCUGAGUGAUUGUUGUUGAAAAAGAAACCUUAUUUUUUGAGCUUGUAUUUGUAAAGCACGUAAUGUUUUGUGUAAAUUACAUAAUUAUGGGUUAUUAAAAAAAACUGAAAUGUCA